AUGGAUUGGUAUUUUAUAGCAGAGGCGAAGAAAAAAGACGGAGGUACAUAUCCGUCCAAUAGUAUUUAUGACCUGUUUUCCUCAAUACAGGGAUAUAUUCGCCAUCAGAAGUCGUCAAGAAUUAACUUCUUUACGAAUCCUGAAUUUCUUAGGGCUAUACAAGUGUUAGAUGCUGUCAUGAAAGAAAGAGCAACUGAAGGUCUCUGUGCAAAUACGUGCAAGCAGGCUAAUGUGAUAUCGGUAGGUGAAGAAACAUCAUUAUAUGAUAAGGGUAUCCUUGGCGUGGAUAAUCUCCAACAACUUCUAGACACAUUGCUUUAUCUAUGUGGUUUACAUUUUGCAUUAAGGGAAGGCACUGAACACCGACGGCUCAGACUUAAUUCCAAUCCGCAAAUAACUGGCCCAUUUCAAGAUAAGGAUGCUCAAUUAAGAUAUCUGUUGUUCAAAGAGGAUGUUUCAAAAGCUCACGCGGAUGGCCUAAAGCACAGAAAAGUUGUUCCAAAAUGUGUCCGAGCAUUUGAAAAUCCAGAAAACAGAAAUAAAUGUAUUGUUACAGUAUUUGAAAAGUACAAGUCACUUUGUCCAGCUAAUGGAGGAAAGGAUUGUUUCUACCUAACACCUCUAAAACAUAUCAAAGAUAGACAAUGGUAUGGCAACAAUCCUAUUGGACACAACACUUUACAAGGCACUGUGAAAAGGUUGUGCCCAAGUAUUGGGCUGACAGGAAAACGCACAAACCAUAGCCUCCGAGCAUGUGCAGCAACACGCCUUUAUAAUGCUGGUAUAGAAGAACAACACGUUGCGGAAACAACAGGUAAAAUAACAGUCAUCGUAGUAUUAAAUGCAGUUAGAGUAUACAAAAGAACUUCUUCUGAUCAACAAAAAGAGGCAUCAAAUAUUUUAUAUGGAUUAAGACAGUCAGACGGAAGAAAGAAGGCAAACCCAUCGGCAGCUGCGGGUGCACCAGUUAGUGCUGCGGUUGAAUAUUCAACGGAUGAAAGUGACAAGAAAUCUGUGACAUGCAACUUUUCUUUCAACUUUUCGUUAUGA